AGAGCCAGGCCUGUCAAGGAAUGUUGGAGGAAAGCUUGGCCAUCUUGGUCGGUUAAUGGGCGACAGCGCCAAGGAAAUCCAGCCCGAUUCUUGCGAGAAAUAGUCGCGAACUACUCCGUACGAGUACGGAGUACGAAGACACGAGGCGCGUCCCACUCCUGGAGCUUGAAGCCAAGCCAACCGCCAACCGCCAAAGACUUACUCGCUGCGACCUUGCCAUUCCUGUACAAGAGGCGGCCGCCCCGUAGCGUGGUAUUCUCGACUGGAGACCACACUACCGUGAUCGAUCGCCCGGGCACCAUGUUCGAUGGGGAAGCGCGCAGCAAAAGGCAACUGAGAUGGAGUUUUUGGAGGAUGGAUGCGAGUGCGCGCAGUGUCCGAGAGAAGAUGAGAGCCAGUCAGUGA